AUGGAUGAAACUUUUCCCUCGCUAGAGGAAUUAAUGGAAAAUUUAGGUAAAUUGCCGGCUGAAUUAAAAGAAGAAGUGAGCCAAAAAGAAUAUGAAUUUGAGGAGAAAAUCAGUCUGGCCUUGCUAAAUCUUAUCCAAGAAAAAUUUACUAACUUGGAAAGGUUAAAAAAGGAAUUGGUGAAAAAAAAGAAAUUAGAAAUUAUUAAUACGGCUAAUCAAGAUGGUCCUUGGUCUUUACAGUUACGUCCGCUUAUUGCGAUUGACGUUUGA